CUUUUUCCCUACUCCUCGUACUAUACUCAAUUUGGAUUCAUGAACAUCGAGAAUCUUUUGGAGUCGCAAGGGCCUCUCGAUGUUGCACUUCUCGAUACGGCGGUCGAAGCGUUUUAUACUGGGGAAUCUACAAUGCAAAAACAAGCUGAGCGCGUUCUCACUACUUUUCAACACCUUCCUGAUGUCUGGCAACAUGUACCUACUAUCCUAGAAACUUCUCAGAAUUUACGUACCAAAUUUCUCGCGUUACGAAUUCUUGACGACUUUAUUACUGUUCGAUGGCAUACGGUCCCUUUGGAUACUCGACUAAGUAUUCGAAACUAUAUUGUACAAUUGGUGAUCACGAUUUCAUGUACUCCAAAUUUGAACGCGUUGGAACGGAUAUUGAUGGCAAAGUUAAAUACUGUCUUGGUGCAAAUAAUCAAGAAGGAUUGGCCACAGAACUGGCCUGACCUGAUUUCUGAACUUGUGGCGUCCAGUCAAACAAACCUCUCUUUAUGCGAAAACAAUAUGCGGAUAUUGAAAUUACUUAGUGAAGAAAUUUUUGAUUAUUCCAAGGAUCAGUUGACGAUGGCAAGAAGUCAUAAAUUACAGUCUCGUAUGAAAGAUGAAGUUGUCAUGAUACUUGGUCUUUGUCAACAGGUACUUACAAGCAAGACGGCUCCAUCUACUCUUAUACAAGCAACACUGGAAACUGUCUCUCGCCUUCUUAGUUGGAUACCACACAAGUUUAUUUCAGAAACUCAACUUGUCCCUACUCUUAUAUCAUUGUUACCCGAAAACCGACUUUUAGUGAUGGAAUGCUUUACAACGAUUGUGGGUUUGCCUCUAUCUUUGGAUUCCGGACAAAUGAAGCCACUCCCGGUUGGUAUAUAUACUGCUGUCAUUGAUUAUAUUCAAAAAGUAUUACCGAUACAUCAAGAUGUUACUAUUUUAUAUCAGGAUGAUGGCAGUCCCGCUCAAUUAUUUAUCUAUCAAUCUACACUUUUCUUUACAACCAUCUUAUCCAAACAUGUUUCCACUUUGUAUUCCUUUUGUGAUCCUUCUCUUAUACAGGUGGCGCAUACCUAUCUACUUCGUUUUUCACAAAUCAAUGACCUUGAAGUUUGGAAAACAUGCUUAGAAUAUUGGGAAGAACUUACCACUAGACAUGUCGAUAUUCUUUGCAAGAACUUACAAUCUUUGAUGGCUGAUCUGCGACAAUUGAUAUUAGAACAUAUGCUACCACCUGAUGAGGUACUCCUCGUUGAAGAUGAUGAAGGUGAAGUGACCAAGGAAUAUAUCAAAGGAAGUGAUACAUUUGUUAUAUUUCAAUCUAUGGGAAAAGUACUAUCUAAUUUGACACAGUUGGAUACACAAGGAACCAUUACUUUCCUCCAAGGCAAACUUAUAUCUUUGACACAAUCAAAACAAUGGACUUUGAUGGAUAUGAAUAAACUUUGUUGGGCUAUUGGGUCAAUUUCUGGUUCUAUGGACGAACAUGUUGAAAACAGCUUCUUGUCACUUGUAUUGGAAAAUCUGAUACAGCUUUUGAAUGAUCCGCUAUCAUCCUCAUCCAUGGUCACAUCUGAGGCUUCCUAUAUGAUUGUUUCUUGUUUGGUGUAUAUUGGAACACGUUAUAUACGAUUUUCGGAUACUCAUCCUAUUUUUUUGAAUCUGAUUCUGACAAGGUUACUCCAAUAUAUGCACGAUCCUCUUCCUGUUGUGCGGGAUAUGGCUUGUGAAUCUUUUAUGAAGAUAUGUCAAGGAUGUCCAAGUACACUAGCCAACACAAAACUAGGUGAUUUUGAAUUUCCCAUUCUAUGGAUUGUCAUACGUGAUAUCAACAGUGGUCAUUUGGAUCUUGAUAUAUCUCAGAUGGAACUUGUAUAUGGUGGCGUUAGCCGUUUGAUUGCCGCUCUGCCCAGUAAGGAUGAACAAAAUCAAGCAUUCGACGCAUUAUUGAACACUUCUAUAAAGAACUUAUCUCAAGAUUGGGAAACCUUUAAGCUGGAAAAUGGAGCGACCACGAUCGAUAGAUUGAAAUCACUUUGGCGGAUACUCAGAUUAAAUUAUGUAGUUGCUAGUCAACAAAGAUCUCGAUAUCAGCAAAUUCUCCAUCGGUUCCUUGGUAUAUUUAUCCAUAUUUAUCAAGCGAUAAGUUUAUUUAUGCGAUCAACAGAUAGUUCUAAUGACCCGAUAGAAAAAAGAUGGUGCAAAAAAAUCAAACAGGAAAUCAUACAAUUGAUCAAAGUGACUUUUACACCAAACGAUGACCAAACAAACGAAGGAGAUGCUGAUGACGGGACAGUGAUGAUUACUUUGGAUUCUUCUUUACUGUAUCAACUAGUACAGGUGAUAUUGGAUGAUUAUCGUGCUCUUGGGGAGAGUUCUGAAGCUAUGAUUCUGUCUUUGGUUCAAUCGCUCAUCAUUAACCUGAAGGUUUUAUGGCCUCAACUCCUGGGUACUAUUUUGGAAAAAUUGUUUGAGCCUACUUUGAUGAUGAUCAAACAAAAUUUCAGUGAUUUCCCAGAUCAUCGAUUAGGGUUUUACAAUUUGCUACUCUCCAUGUCUCAUCGGUAUUUAUUAGAUUUUCUUCACCUACCACCAACGUUAUUGUCAAUUCUUGUUGACAGUAUGUUAUGGGGUAUCAAGCAUACCAAUCGUGAUAUCUCCGAACUGGCGUUACAAACUUGUUACAAUUGGAUCAACUUUGUUAGUGAAGUUGAGGAUGAGGACUUAGCAAGUGAUUUUUACAAAGCUUAUUAUCUACGUAUUUUGACUGACUUGUUAACAGUGACUGUGGACCCAGAUUAUGAAAGUGGACUUGAUUUAAAUAGUCAAAUCUUGGCACGAAUGCUUGAACUGGUACAAAAUGGUGACAUCUAUACCCAAGUCUUUGAUACUUCGUCUGUUGCCAAUCCUUUGAUGUCCAAUACUACCUUUUUACAAGAUUAUGUUCAAUCAUUCUUCAUGCAUUCUUUUCCUUUGUUACAAAAGGAUCAAAUUACGGUGCUGGUGAUGGGAAUGUUUGAAUACAGCGGAGAUCAUGACCGCUUCAAGACCGAUUUAUAUGACUUUCUUCUCGACAUUCGACAGGUAGAUGAUAUUGAUGCUGGAAAUCAACGUCAACAAGAGGAACAAGACGCAGAAUUGGAAUUAUUACGUUAUAUGUAAUUUUAGCUUUAGUUAGUUUUAUGAUCAUUUUGUUAUAAAAUAAAAGAUGUACGUUCCUGAUUUGGAUGAUUGUAUCUUUUUUUUUUUUAUGAUGAUGAGAAA